UACUAUACUCCUUGAGAAUUUUCCUUUCUCACUCUUACCAUAUAAAGUUAUUAUCCUCUCUUUCUAGCCCUUUGCACUUAUCAAGAUCCCAAAAAUGAAGCAGAAUUUCUUGUUAACACCCUUUUCUCUGUUGAUGAAUCUCUUCAUCGUUCUUUCUUUUCUUCUUGCAAGAAAGGCCAUAUGCAUACAUCCUCAGUUCCUAGCCUGCAAUCCGAGAACCUGUGGUGAUGGUCAAAAUAUUACCUUUCCAUUCUAUAUCCAAGGCCAGCAAGAACCCUUCUGUGGCUACCCUGGAUUCUUCCUUUCUUGUAAUCAUAACGGCCAUCCAAUUCUUAAACUACGAGAUAACGAAUAUGUCAUUCGCCAUAUCUCCUACAAAACCCAGACAGUUCGUGUCUCGAACGCAGCUGUUUUUGAUACAGCAACCACUUGUAUUCCUCCAUUUAGAAGCACAUCACUGCCCGAAGAUCGGUUCAAGUUGUCGUCUAAUCAGACAGGCUUAUUCUUUCUCUACGAGUGCAACUCAACACUGUUAGGGAACAGGAACAGUGAGCUUAACAAAUACAAGGUUGAUUGCUUAAUUGAGACUGGAACAGGUCCAACUCUGUCAAUGUUUGAGGAUGAUCCUCUUCUGGGUUAUGCGUCAGUAGUAUGUGAAAAUAAGGUUAAGGUAGCAGUGGAUGUUCAUGGAGGAAAUAGUACUGAUGGGUUAGACAGAAUGCUAGAAAGAGGAUUUGUGUUGAAUUGGAUAGCAAGUAACUGCAGCAUAUGUGAAAACAGUGGAGGCAAAUGUGGAUUCGAUGACGCCACCUACCAUUUUAAAUGUUUCUGCCCUGACCGACCUCAUACUUCGAACUGUAUUACAGGCGAGUUUUCUUUUCUGUCUAUAUUUUACUAAUUUCUCCUGCUUCAUAUACUGAUAUCACAUAUAUGCAGACUACGAAUCGCGUUAUCUAUUUCAAAAAUUUGGAAACUAUAAAUACGUUCUGCAGCUUUUGAUUUCUUUUAACAAAGCAAGGUCAACAAAUUCAAUUAGCUAUUAAAAAAUCGUUUACAAAUUAUUACUAGUGAAAAAUCCACAAAGCUAAAUAAUUCAAAAUUUUCCUUAAGCUUAAUAAAAGUUUUGUUCAUACCGUUCAUCUACAAGAAAUUAGAAUUGAAUGGUGUUCUUGUGAAAUACACCGACUUAGUAGAAGGAUUAAAGUUAACAGCAUAGAUAGAAUGAUAAGAAAAGCUUUAAUGUUCUUGAAAAUAAUCCAAAAGAUAGUUAUGACAAAUCACUACACUGACAGAAAAAUUUACGAACUUUUAUUAAUAUUUAUAUGUUUAAGUUGAAAAUUAUGUUAGAACUCAGUGCGUCAAAGUCAAAUUAAUUUUAAUGGGUUAAUAUCCAGGGACCCCAGUUUCAUCUUUUAUGCGUGUAUAUGCUGCCUAAAGACUUGUAAGAGUCAAUAGUCAAGUACCCAAGUUGGAAUCUAAAGUUUCUUCUCAAAUAGGCUCUAAAACAGAGAAAUGCCAAUGCAUUUCAGACCUUGCACAUUGCAUCUUUCCCUUUCUUUUUCUUCACUGGCUUGUUUAAUGGAUAAAGAAGUAGAAAUACUCUGAAGUAUAGUAAAGGAACAAUAAUUGAGUGGAGAAAAAAAGUUCCUAAAAGUUGUGAGCGGAUACCUGUCUUGGUUUUAGCACUUCUUCUUUCUCUCGUCUUCCUUUUCUUUGCUCUACUGAAACAUGGAAAUACCCUUCUCCUUGUCCAUCCUUCUUCAACUGUGGAAAGCUUGGAGAUCUUAAAUUUCCUUUCACCCAACUGGGAAAUCUUGCUUGUGGGCUGUACGUGGUAAAUUGUAGCAGCCAAAAGAUCCAACUGCAGAGAGGAGGAACAUGGUAUAAAGUUGAUCUUAUUUCUCAGUCUGAUACCAUUUCUAUCGAUGACAACGAAUUUCAGAAUCGGUUGGACAAACAAAAAUGUGAUUUCAUUAAUCGAUUCCCCCAUUCCAUACCUAAAAUCUCCUCCUUUCAGAUCGUACCUAAUAUCAGCUUGUUUGAAUGCAACCCCGUUUACCAUAUGAUUCCCAAUACAAGUUUUGGUUAUUACAGGGAUUAGUGUUCAACCACUCUGCUUCCAGGGUAUAGGUUUGGAAAUCACGACGACUCCAUGACCGUUUGUAUCUCUUGAUUGUAGCAGCUGUCAUUAUGAAAGAGGUGGUGAAUGUCAAGUUAAGAACAAUGGAGAUCUUCUAUGUGCUAAUGCAGCCUUACCUCCUAAUUGUAAAGUUAUUAGCCAGGGAAUGCUUCAUUGUGACAGUUCAGGGAAGAGUAAGGCGCUCAUAGUUAAAUCCUUCAAACAUAUAAAUCAUCAGAUCUAAUUUUAACGUGUCAAA